AUGACCACGGGGGACGCCGGGGCGUGCACCCCGGGCACGGCGAGCGAGCGCACGCCCCUGCUCGCUGCGACGCCAGUGAAGCCCGGCACGCCGGUCGAUCGGCACCUGGCCAUCCGCCUCCCGCCGUCGUUGGCGGGGCUGGACGAGGACGCUCUGCAGCGCAUGGACCGCAGCGUGACGCGCAAGGUCGAUACGCUCCUCCUGCCGAUCCUAAUCAUCCUGUACAUCCUCAACUUUAUCGACCGCAACAACGUCGCGACGGCAAACAUCGGUGGCAUGACCGUCGACCUCGGGAUGAGCGCCAAGGACUUCUCAACGGCCGUGUCGGUGCUCUUCAUCAGCUAUAUCUCGUUCCAGAUCCCGUCCAACAUCGUCGCGGCGCGCACGUCCCGCCCCGGGAUCUACAUCUGCCUCAUGUGUGCCCUGUGGGGCGCCGUGUCGGCUUGUACUGGCGCCGUGCGGAGCUUCCGCGGUCUGGUCGUGUGCCGAUUGCUGCUUGGAGUGACCGAAGCGGCCUUCUUCCCUGGCGCAAUGUUUCUCCUCACGCUCUUCUAUACCAAGAAGCAGAUGGCGCUGCGCGCCGCCAUCCUGUACACCGGCUCGCAGUUCGGCAACGCAUUCGGUGGCCUCUUCGCCCUCGCGUGUAUGCAGCUCGAGGGUUACCGCGGGCUGCGAGGCUGGCGCUGGCUCUUCAUCGUCGAGGGCCUUCUUACCGUCGCUGCGGCCUUUGUCUUUGCCUUGAUCAUCCCGAACCGCCCCGAGUCGUUCGGUUGGCUCACUCCUGUAGAACGUGACCGGCUCAAGUACGUUCUCGAGCAGGACAGGUUCACGAAGGACGCGGGAGACGAGAUCGGAUCCUGGGACGCGUUCAAGCUCGCGGUCACGGACGUCAAGGUCUGGUUCGUCGCCGCCGCCCUGACAUGUAACUACAUCGCCUCGGGAGUGGUCAACUUCUUCCCGAUGGUGGUCAAGGGCCUAGGCUUCAGCGACACGACAACGCUGUGGCUCACGUCGCCGCCGUACCUGCUCUGCGCAGUCGUCAUCUCCAUCGUCGGGUGGCAUUCGGACAAGGUGCAAGAACGCACAAUGCACGUCGUGGUCUCGUUCUGCGUGUGUAUCGUCGCCAUGGUUCUCGCGCUCACCACGACAUCCUUCGCGCCGCGCUACCUCGCCAUGAUGAUCAUGCCGUCGUCGUUCUACUCGGCAUCAAUCGUCAUGCUCUCGUGGAUGUCGUCGAGCAUCGUCGGCCCGUCCGUCAAGCGCGCCAUCGCGAUCGCGCUCAUCAACUCGAUCGACAACUCGCCCAACAUCUGGACACCGUACCUCUACUUCGACCCGCCGCGAUACACCGUCGCGUUCAUCGUCAAUCUCGUCGCGUCGGUACUGCUCAUCAUCGUGGUGCUCGCCAAGCGCCAGUACCUCGUCAAACAGAAUCGCAAGCUCGACCGAGGGGAGGACCUGGGACCGAACGGUCCGACUCGUGUACAGAUAGAGGCUGGGUUUAGGUUCCAGCUGUAG